GAGUCUGCGCACUAGAGGCGGAUCGGGAAUGACCUGUCGAUCCACUGAGAUGAAGACUCUCGCUUAAAUUUCCUUUUUUUCCUCCGAAUUUGUUUUGCAGCUGAUGUGUUCGGUCCCUGGACUUACACCUCAAUACUUACAUGAGUUACGACCUCCAGUUUGUUGGUAGCCGUUCGUCACAUUUGCACAUUCAUUUGUUGCCUUUUGGCUUUUGUCGAUAGCACUUCCGUAUAGAAAACCAUGGCUGGCACCGAAGAAGACCAGAAAUUCUGCUUGCAGGAGGUGCUCGACACUUUCAAGUUGUGUUUGUCGGAGAACAAGGAAGUCUAUCUUGAACACUACGUCGCAGGGUGGCGUGGUCUUGUAAAAUUUCUGAACAGCUUGGGGAGCGUGUUUGGAUUCAUCUCCAAGGAUGCUGUCAACAAGAUCCACAUCCUGGUGACUCUCCUGAAUGGUGAGAACGGUUCUCAGUAUGCCACUGUCCAGUCAAUGGUCAAGUAUGAGCUGGAGAACGACCUAGUGGACCUGACCAAGAGAGGCAGCCAUCCAGAGUCCGGCUGCCGCACCCUCCUGAGGCUCCACCGUGCACUGAGGUGGCUGGAGCUCUUCCUGGAGCGCCUGCGCACCAGCAGUGAGGACGGCAAGACUUCUGUCAUGUGUUCAGAGGCCUACAAUGAGUCUCUUUCCCAGUUCCACCCCUGGGUGGUCCGCAAGGCUGCAGGCAUGGCGUUCUGCAUGCUCCCGGGGCGCCCUGCUUUCUUUGAGGUGAUGAACGUCGGCCCCACGGAGCAGGUGGUGGCCAAGCUCGGGGAAGCUCUACCUCUCAUCUCUGAGGUGUACCAGAUCACAGAGGAACUUUACACUCAACAAAACUUGAUGAACUUACCAUAGAGAUCAAAAAGUACUAUUAUUAGCCACUUCAUACAUUACAUGAUUGCAAGGGCUGUCAAUCAAGCUGCUAUUUGUUUUUGUUUACUUAAGUGUUGUUUAUCAUCUGCAUAGUGUUAUUAAUUAAGCAUACGUUCACUCACACUAAUCUGUAACUUCUAUAUUUCCAUUUUUUUUAAUGAUGCAUAAAGUUACUGUCAAUUAAAAUGUUGCAUGUUUAUCUGCACUCUUUAAUAAUGGAUCUCUUUCAAAUUCAACUUUUGCUUCUAGAUGUAUACUAUUAUUAUUAUUUUAGUAGAUGAAGGGAAUAGUUGGGCCCAAGUCUUAGCUCACUGCCAAAAGCUUUUUGUUUUAUUCCAAACAUAUCUACAAAAAUAAUCUACAGCUAUUUUGACAAAUAAUUUAUCUUCUUUUUUUUUCAAGCAACAAAUUAAAAACACCAAAUCUCUUUUUUAAGGUUCUGAAAUAAUAUAAGAAAUGUGCUGCCCUUCUUAAUAUGUUGUUGUUGACAGAUUUCAUUAUUUGCACAUUGAUAAUCAUAGUAAAUAGAUAGAUAGAAAUUAAUUAAUGAAAAUAAUAAUAGUUGCUGCUCUAUUUAGAACCGAUAGCAAUAAUGAUUUCAUACAUUAGAGAAAUACAUGUUUGACAUAAUGUAACAAUAGGGCCAUUAGGUCAAGUAUUUGAUACCAUAUUCCACUCACACACUGACAUAUCUUGCUAAUAGAUCAUGAAUGUGAUAUUGUAUGAUACCAGAUAAAUCUCUAUGGUCUUGUUGUAAAAAUUACAUUUAAAAAACCAACAACAAACUGCAGCCUUAAUGGGAGAGAAGCAGUUUCUAAAACACUUCUUCAGUGACGGUAAAGUCUAAAAGUGCCAACCGCAUUUAAUUUAUCUGAGACAUUACUUUAUAUUUAAAAAACACAUCAGUUUGAUGGCAAAUAUUAAGAAACCAAAUAUUAAGACAGAUUUAAAGAGGAAACAAAGAUUUUUGCAGUGGACAGAGUUGCGAACCCAACUAAAUACGAUCUCAAUGCAGUUUUUUUAACGUAUAAAUCAAACAAUACACUAUUGUUAUUUAUUUAUUUUUAAGUGAUUGAUAUAUUGUUUCUUAAGAACGUACUGUAUUAUAGACAAUUAAAAUAGAAUGUAUAAACAGUGUUGCACAAUGAAAAUGGUUUACUUGGUUGAUGUUUGUGAAUUUGUGUUUUGUUCGAUCAGACAAUCAUGUUUUCAUUUUGAGUAAAUGAGGACACAAAUUACCUCUCAUUGUGUCAUAUUUUUAUAUU